AGCGCUCUGCGCUGUUCCCUCGCUCGCUCCAUGGCCGGGGAAGGCCGGGGAGGGGGGGUGGGAGUUCCCAAAUUCCUCCUCCGGGAUCGCGGGGAGCGCCCGGCGCCGCUCGGCACCGUGAGGCGGCCGUGAGGGCGUGGGCGUGGCCAGGACGCGAACGGACGUUAGGGGCGUGGUCUAUACGGAAAGGGGCGUGGCCGGAGGAAGGGGGCGGUCCCGCGGCCCCGCCAGCAGGUGUCGCCCUGCCGGCGGACACACACAAGAUGGCGGCGGCGGCGGGCGGCGGCGCUGGGGGGACUCUCUGACGGCGCCGCCAUGUUGGUGAGGGCAAUAACGGCGCCCGCGCUGCGCCGGUGGUGCCGGGGCCGGCGGGGCGCGGCCGCCGCCUGUUUCCCGCUGGGCCGGGCGCUGCUGGGCGUGCGGGGCGCCGAGGCCGCCGUGUUCCUGCAGGGGCUGCUCACCAAUGACGUCACGCAGCUGGUGGCGGAGGGCGACGCCCCCGCCGCGCUCUACGCGCACGCGCUGAACGCGCAGGGCCGCUGCCUGUAUGACGUCAUCCUGUACAGGCUCCACAGGAGCACAGCAGAGGAGCCUCACAUCCUGCUGGAGUGCGACAGCAGCGUUCUGGACUCCAUCCAGAAGCACCUGAAACUCUACAAGAUCCGCAGGAAAGUCACCAUCACCCCCUGCCCCGACCUCUCCCUGUGGGCUGUCAUCCCUGGGGAACAGCCUGGGGAUGCCAGUUCCCUCCCAAAAUGUGCAGACCAGGCUCUGCUCCUGACCCCUGACCCCAGGGCAGAAGUCAUGGGCUGGAGACUGAUUGCAAAGAAAGGAGCAAACCUCUCAGAGAUUAUCCCUGGGAGCCAAGUUGGAGACGUUCAGGAUUACCACAGGCACAGGUAUAAACAAGGGAUUCCCGAAGGGGUGAAAGAUCUCCCCCCUGGAGUCGCCCUCCCUCUGGAAUCCAACCUGGCCUUCAUGAACGGCAUCAGCUUCACCAAGGGCUGCUACAUCGGGCAGGAGCUGACGGCCAGGACCCACCACAUGGGCGUGAUCCGCAAGCGCCUGCUGCCCGUCAGCUUCCCGGAGCCCCUUCCCGGCGCCGGCGUUCCCGAGGGCGCGCAGAUCCUCACGCGGGCGGGGAAACGCGCCGGCACCUUCCGUGCUGGAGGAGGAGAGCUGGGCAUAGCCCUGCUGAGGCUGGCUCACCUCAGCGAGCCGCUCUGCAUCCACCUGGCAGGGGACAGAGUGAAGCUCAGCGCCAGCACGCCCGAGUGGUGGCCCAAAGCUGCUGCUAAGUAAGCGAGGGAGGGGUUGGGAAUGCUGCUGUUGGCUGGGGGGAGGUUUGGUCUUGCAGGAUUCCUCAGAUUGGGAUAAACAGCCAGAACCCAAAGCUGGGGCAGAUCACUGGGUUGGAUCUGCCGUGGAGAGAGAAAUCCAGGGAAUUGCAGCUUUUCCUGAGGGUAAUCCCCACUUUUUUAGGGGUGCUGUGAGUUGUUGGGUUGGACCCUGUUUAGGGGGUGCCCUGUGGUGUUGGGUUGGACUCUGGAUGGAUCUCCAGGCUGACACUCACUCCCUCAGACUGUGCUCUCCCAAGCAAUGGGAUCAGGAGUUUCCCUGUUCCAUGCACUGAUUUUUUUUCAGUUCAGAAUAACCAUUCUGUGCUAUUAUAAUUCUGUUGGGUUUUUUUUUUGAGUGGAGAUCAUGCUGCUCUUAUCAAGAUGUAUUCUCAGGCUGAAGUUUUUUUGCUGCAAAUUGUUCCUUGCAUUGAGCUUCUUAAACUUGCUGAUGGGGCUGGCGUUCCUUGCCACCACUGGAAUUGUGUUCAGGAAGAGGAACAGCUUGUGCUUCACGUGUCAGGCCUUGAUUUUAACUCAUCCCAGUUGGGAAAGAAAGGUCUCAAACCUCCUGUCCUGUCUCCUGCUUUGGUGCCAGUGGAGGGAGCAGAGCCAGUUCCUCUGACUCCCUUCCCUCCAACCAUUUUUUUUUUUGGGAGAGGAAAAGGAUAUUUUCAAUGCCACAUGUGCUGGCUUGGCCUGGCCUUGCUGAGGGAGGAUUUUCACCAUGUUCUGGCUCUGCACCUCCACGCUCUCCGUGCCCCUCACACCCUGUCCCUGCUGCCACCUGCAGCUGGGGUUUUCUCCAUCCACCACCCCCAGGGUUUUCAGAGCAGCCCAAUGCCUUGGCAUUUCUUUGCUUCAUUUUUUUUUUCUGGCUGCCAACACUCCUCUGCUUCCCCAGUUUUUCUUCUUGCUGCAACAUAUUCCUCUCUUAUUCCAAAGCCAGCCAGCUCUGUGCCUCCUGACCCUGUCAACCUGCAGUGAUUUAUAGGAACCCUUUUUAUUUUUGUAUUGUGAUCAAUACAUUACACAAUGAGAGAACUGCCCAGGUGAGAUCCCAUUUUGUCCAAAACAAAAAACAAACAAAAAAAAGCCUUUGCAUGAAUAUUUGUAACAAAACCCGUCCAAAAUCACAUUCUGCCUCUGUUUCAGUGUUACAGUGAAAGGAAUUUGUCUGUAAAAAAAAUGCUUUUAUUGAUUAAAACUCUAUGGUUGCUGUAAAAUGA